AUGACAUCCACAAGUGGAGCUCAAUAUAACAACAACAAUGCCAACAGUGGACCUUCAUUCACAGAAAUGUCAUUUAAUGCAAAUUCACAUUACCCAUCUCGUACAGAAAAAAACUCUUCUCUGACCUCAUCAGCAACAUCUAAUUUAGUAACAGAACCUGUUCGAUUUUCAUUUCGUACGUCUUCAGAUUCAUCGCGCACAUCGAUCGACGCAGUUCAACCAUCUGCACCAUUUGAUUUCUCAAAGCAAGGUUUGUCCCCAUUUUCUUUUAAUCAAAUAAAAGCGUCACUUCCCCCAGACCCCAGAUCGUCCGUUUCGGAUAGAAAAUCAAUAUCAGAGGAACAUUCAGUUCGAUCACCAACGCAAGGUUUACCCCCAUUUUCUUUUACUCAAAUUAAACCGUCACUUCCGCCAGACCCUAGAUCGUCCGUUUCUGAUGGAAAACCAAUAUCAGACGAACAUUCAGUUCGUUCACCAACGCAACGAAUGAAUGAUACAAAACCGUUCUUAUUUAAUCAACAACAAACCGUACCAUCGAAUAUUAAUACACCUCAAUUUUCGUUUCGUCAAUCAAACUCGAAUGGUGGAGCAAAUCCAUCAACACAAAAUCAUGUACCAUCAUUCCAAAGCAAUCAAGAAGAAACAGUGAGUACACAACGUCAGUCCACAUCUUUUGAUCAAUCACAAAAACAACAACAAUCAUCAAUAUCUGCCAAUAAUGGUAAUACUCAACAUCGUUCACUAUCAACAAUCUCUGCCACUCCCAAGUUUUCACCACCACCACCAGUGUUUUUUCCCUCUGAGGCUGGGAAUAGUAAUUACGAUGAAAAAGAUGAUACUCAAGCCUCACCAGCUGAAGAUGCAUUGGUACGAAAAUACGUUAAUACAACACUACGUGACCAAAGUGGUGUACGUGUUGAAGUUGAACGUUUAGACCCCAACUCACCGUUGUACUCUAUAAAAUCCUUCCAGGAUUUGAAUUUGAAACCUGAAUUGCUAAAAGGUGCGGUUUGA